AUGCAAUAUUUGGACGUAUUUCGGAAAGAAGAAGGAAGGAUUUGGACAAGAAAACCAUGUCCAUCCAUAGACGACGGAAUCAUCGUUCGAGUGAGUCACAAAGUCUUAGAAACCAGCACAUCUUUUCCAUCCCGCAACAUCCGUUUCCUCCAUGCAGCCUUCGACAGGGUUGGCGAAAGAUUUAUUGCAGGAGAUCACCAGGGAAAUAUUUACACUUUCAACCUCAGUAGAAAUUGGAUGACUUUAGUAAAGAAAACAAAGAUUCCACUGACUGCAAUUGCUUAUACUUUGAGGAAGAAAAGUGAAUUCCUUGUCGCCUUGGCUGAUUAUUCCCUUCGUUGUUAUGACACAGAAACCAAAGAGAUUGUUGCUGAGAUGAAAGGUCACCAGACAGCCAUAAACCGUAUUUCUGUCCACAUGAGUGGACGCUAUGGUAUUACUACAUCCAUUGAUGAUGCUAUCCUCUGGGACCUUGAAAAAUUUGAACGACUGAAAAAACUGAACAUUAACGAAAACAUUGACAUUACAGAGGUUUUCUUUCUUCCUUUAAGCAACAUCAUCUUGACGUGCUUCAAGGAUGACUCAAUUUUUGGCUGGGAGCUGGACUCGCUUACCUGUAAAUUUGAACUUCCAAUCCCUGCUGGCAAGAAGCCCCGGUACAGGACGCUUGUAUCAAGCAGUAACGGACGUACCCUUGCGGCUGCUGGACGGUCUCGUUUCAUCAAUUUGUUUGCCCUUGACACUCGAACCCUUUUUCGCGUCAUUGAGCUGCCGAAUAAAGUAACUUUUGUGAAACAGCUUGUCUUUCUGCCAGAAAAGUUUGACAAUGGCUCCAGCCAAAUUCUUGGUGCUCUCUGCCAAGAUGGAAUCGCACGCUUCAUGAAUAUCACAUCUUGUAAACUCCUCUUCGAUGUGGGCACGCUGGAAUCCCGUGUCCACUUUUUGGUAAUCAGCCCUGGGGGCAAACACAUGCUGGGUUUGAUGGACUCAGGAGACAUGAAUAUUUACAGUCUGGCCACUCUAACCUGUGAGGUGAACAAGCCACCACCACCUGUUGUAAAAGCGGUUAGAGGUUGCUCGAUUUUAGAAGACUCUGAAAAUAGUCAGUUACUGAGUAAAAGUUCCAGAAAAACAUUUUCUUCUGAGGAAAAUGUGUUUGAAGAUGGCAUUGACAAAGAACGUUUAUAUCGAAUUCUACUCGGUCAUGGUGAAUAUCCAUCAAAAUACAGGCUUUUCAUCUGGCGAUCUCUUCUUCAACUGCCGGAAAACCACCUUGCGUAUGCUGCAUUGGUUGACAAAGGAAUCCACCCAGCAUUUGCCUGUUUGCAUGAGACAUACCCAGUGAAAAGUAGGAGAUUACUUAGACUUCUUCAAAGAGUUUUGUCAGCUCUUGCUCAUUGGUCACCCAUUUUGGCAGAGACAAAGUACCUUCCAAAUAUAAUUUAUGCCUGGCCGCUUCUUGAGAGUCUUUUCACUGAAGUGCUCACAAAAAAUGAAUGGUUGUGCAUGUGGGACCAUGUACUUAGCAAUCAUCCAUCGUUUCUCUUGCUCCUUGUGGCUGCAUAUAUCUUGAAGGCCCGUUCACCAUUGCUCAAGUGUGUCGAAUUAGAAGAUUUCAAGUAUUACUUCAGCCACCAAAAUGCUGUUAAUGUGCAAAAAGUGAUAAAAACUGCAUAUCACUUGAUGGAAACGACUGACGAAGACAUCCAUCCACGGAGAUUACUCGAAGGUUUUGUCCCACUCACCAAGGGCCAAUAUCCAGUGUUUAACAAAUAUCCAAAAUUCAUUGUCGAUUAUCAGAAACAAGAACGAGAACGUAUCCAACAAGAAGAACUCGAGUAUUUACGCCAAAGGCAGCUGUCUUUGGAAAUCCAGAAAGCCACUCUGCAUCGGCAACAAGAGGAGGAAGCCUGGUACCGACAACAACAGCUGCUGCUUGAUGCCGAGGCAAAACGACGCAAAUUAAUCAAAGAAGAGGAAGGGAAACUAAUGAUGCAACGUCAAAGAUUGCAGUCUAUGAAUCGAGAAUCCAAAAUCCAGCAGCUAAAUCUACUUGAUGACGUACGGCGGAAAUUCCUUCAUCUUUUGCGUCAGCAACGAGAGAUGGAACUCAGGAGAUUGAAUGACAAAGUUGUUAGUCAGGAAAAAGACAAAGUUCGAGAUAUGGAUGCUGCUUUGAAUGAAGCUGAAAUUAAAAACUUUGAACUGGAACUGCAAAAGCGACUUUAUGAGCAGGAAAUGCUACGGGAAUACAUUCAGUCAUCAAACACCCUGAAGAUGGAUGAAGAAGUCUGUCGAAACCAUGAAGAACUGGAGCACAAGAUCAUAGACUGCAUGACAGACCUUUUGGGUGAUAAGAAAUGUCAGGAAGCUGUGUCUCGGAAAGUCCAAGCAGAUCUACAGAACAAUCCCGGAUUAGUGUCAGCCAUGUUUGGACCAGAGAAAGAAAAUUAUUCUGAAGCCCAAACUAAUGCCAAAAAUCCCAAAUCACCAAUUCUUACAGAGAUAAAUGGUAAUAGUGCCACCACCAAGAAAGAUCAAUAUUUGGAUUUUGAUGAAGAUGACAAUCUUUCCGAUAUUAAUGAUGCUAUUUCUAAAUUCUCGUUCAGUCCUGACCAGAGGCGAGUGCAGACAGAAACCAAAUUCAUGAAUGAAGUCCGUCUUCUAAGGCAGCGUUUAGCCAGAGAGAGUCGCUUGAAGAAACCGCCACCAUGA